CCAGAUUUAGAGUGGUGGGAUGUUGUGUAUUGUAUAGUAUCACCGUACAUUGACACAGUCUGUCGUGCAGGUGUUCUUUAAAUGUUGUGCAUUUCUGUGUAUUUGCUUCAUAAGGGUGCUAAAAUCUACCUUCUAAAUCUAGCAGCUGCUGAUGUGGUCUUCCUUGUGAACCUCCCUUUCUGGGAUCAGACCAUCAGAAAUAAAUACAACCGGCCAUGUGACUUCCUUUGUCAUAGCACCAAACAUCUAUUAAGAUGAACACAUACACCAGCAUCUUCAUUAGUGGCAAUCAGCAUGGAUUGCUAUUUAGUUUUCGUUCAGACCCUGAAGCAGAGGGAAACUAAAAGUAAUGCUCAGGCUAAAGCAAUCUGUCUGCUGGCCUGGGUCUCUAGAAGUCUGAGCAUCCCAACAUUUAUGUUUGGUCUGAAAUAUCCACAAGACUUGAAUAUCUUCUCUUGCACCCUAGUCUUCCCCAGCAAACUGUGGAAAACAACUGCUCACCUGACAUUAAACCUCAUGGGGUUUGCUUUGCCAUCUAUAGCAAUCAUCUUUAACUGCCACAUCGUUCAUCCUCUAUGAGAAAACACAAGAGGUCGGGACCGCAAGGACACAACAGCCACCAUGUUGAUCUUCACAGUUGUGCUUACAUUUCUUUUCUGCUGGACCAUCACAUUUUUGUUUUCUUAUUGAGGAAUGGAAGCUGACAAGGGCUGUUCCUGAGACAAGUUGUUCAAUUUUGGCUCCUAAUUUUCUCCUGCUUCCACCAAGAGUUGCCUUAAACCUGUGAUUUAUGUAUUUGUUGGGAAGUACUGCAGGGAGAAGGUUUUAAAAAAGUUUCUAUAUAAUUUAUUCCCACCUGAUGUCCUUGAAAAGGCCUAG